AUGAAUAAAGUAGAUAAAUAUUAUGGAUUUUAUAAUGAAUUAUUGAAAUCUUCAAUAUUAUUCAUUAUUUUAUGUUUAUUUCAAGGACAAAAUUUCAAAAUUGUUCAAGGUGAUGUCUUGUUUGAAUUUAACAUAAUUCCACAUAACUUAUCGAAUUUUUUACGGCUGUUUUCAUGUAAACAUUCGGAAGUUUAUUCAACAGACCAUCGAUUUUUUAAUAAUUCUCUUGAUUAUGAAAAAGAUGAUAAAUUACUUUCGCCGUUUUUAGACAGCUGUAUUUCUGUUAAAAUUUGUUUGUUACCAUUUUCUGAUUUGUGGAGCUUUAAUGAUUUUAAAUAUUGCAAAUACAGUGUCACAGCUGAAACACUAUCGAAAUUAAAUUUUCUCGGUAAUAACACCAGAAACAACAUAUCAAUAGUGUAUAAAGAUGUCUGGCCUGUAGAUAUUUUACUGGUUAUUCAAUUUAAAAUGUGUUGUAUGCUGAAUACAAAUUCACAGACUAAUGAAACAUAUUACAUUUUAUCAUUGAAAGAUGUGCAUCCAUCAAAACAGAAAUAUUAUCAAAUAUUGAAAAAAAUUCAUAAUACUACUUAUUAUAUUUCUAAUUCAAGUAAUCGAAAUGAUGAUUUAAGCAUUCAUUAUCAAGUAUUAUGUAAUAAUAAUUUCUAUGGUAAUUACUGUGAAAUAUUUUGUCAAGAACAAAAUGGAAUUCAUGGAUAUUACAAAUGUGAUGAACAAACAGGUAAUCAUGUAUGUCAACAUGGUUGGAGUGCUAUAUGUGACUUUGGGUGUCUACAUGGAAGAUGUAUAAAACCGGGUUAUUGCCAUUGUGAUAGCGGUUGGUAUGGAAAGGAUUGCAGUCAAUGUCGUGUUUAUCCUGGAUGUCUUCAUGGUGGUUGUGAAGUUGGUAAACGUAACUAUACUCUUAUUCCUUUCACGUGUGAAUGUGAUCAUGGCUGGGGAGGCAUGUUAUGUGACAAAGACCUACGUUAUUGUAGUACUCAUAUGAAUAUAUGCAAUAACAAUGGAAUAUGUGUAAAUAAUGAUGCAAAUAUUGGUGUACCCUAUCAAUGUAUUUGCCCACCUGGAUUUCAUGGUGAUCAUUGUGAAAUAAUUGAUUAUGACUGUAGAGUCCAUGGAUGUAAUGAAAAUGGAGAAUGUAUUGUGCAUGAAAUGGGAUCGACAACCUGUUACUGUUACCCCGGUCAUCAUGGAAAUCUUUGUCAGUUCAACCAAACAACCUGCGAAGAAUUUCCAUGUCAGGCAACAGGGUCAAUAUGUAAAGAACGAGAAAUGAGUGAUGUGGGAUUUCCUUCCAAUAACCAACAGUUUGUAUGUAUCUGUCCUCCAGGAUUUGAAGGUUCCAACUGUGAAAUUAACAUCAAUGAAUGUUAUGAAAAGCCUUGCAAAAAUGGUGGACUUUGUAAAGAUUUUGUGAACGGUUAUCAGUGUAUAUGUCCGUCUGGUUAUAAUGGAGAUAAUUGUGAAACUCAGGAAUACAGCUGCAUUACAAAGAAAUGCCCUUAUGGUUAUGAAUGUUUUACAAACAGUACAGUAUCAUUAUGUGUUUCCUCAAUUUCUAAUAAGCCAACAGCGUUACAUUCCUCAAACAAUGAAACAAAAUCUGGAAUAUCGUUUGAAGAUGUACAGCCAACUCACUCAAAAUUUACACAGUUCUCCCAUGGUCUUUCAAUUGUGAUAUUUACUUUAUUAACUCUAUUCAUUGUAAUUAUAUUACUUCUUUUAGUGAAAUAUGUUUUAAAGUUAAAUCCAUUCAGACAAAUCGCUUAUUAUAAUCAUGAGUCUGAUGUUGAACUAAAUUAUGUCCGAAAUUCAAUGAACACAGGAAGCAAUUUUGUAUUUAAUCAAUUCAAAGAACUGAAAAACAGCUGCUAUUUGAAUAGUAACUUGUACAUUGACCAUGUAAAUAAAUUGGUAGACAUCGAGAAAUGAAUAUCCUCAGAGAAAAAAAACUUACUGUAUUAAUUAAACACACUCAUUCAGAUCACAUGAACUAGAUGAAAAUUAAUUGGACGUAAAAUAUUUUAUGGAGAUAAUAAGCCGCUUGUUUAUUACUGGAUAUCAUGAGUAACUUGAUGCUGGAUUGAAAUUUACAUUAAAUUGUAGUUAAAAUGUUCGAGAAAAAUCUACAUUUAAGAAGCAUUUAAAUUGUAUGCUACAGAACAAACAAACUUAUUUGGUAGCCAUUUUUCAGAGUAUUCAACUAUUUAUCAAGGG